CGGUAGCUUUGCAAAUCUUGAAUUCGUGCAUCAAAAUUCAUUGAAUGAAAUCAGCAUUUAAAUGAGCGGAUCAAAGCUUCUGCGGUUACGGGUUCUUGCUGCUUUCAAAGAUCUACAUUUGGCUCGUCUUCAAGUUUUUAAAGGCGACGCACGCGCUUUAGAAGCUGGGCGAGCAGAAAUAAACGAAAAUUUUCGGAAGAAUCGUGACGUCACAGACCCUGAAAAAAUCGAGGAACUGAUCACUAUUGCUGUCGAUUCGGCGCAGAUUUUAAGAAAGCAUGUUGUGCAAAUAGAAGGUGUUGCAGAGAACCAGUUCAGAGCUAAUAUUACGAAAGACACUUUUAUGCUUGACAACACUGAAUACAGGGACGUAUCGGAGAAGGAACUUCUGGAUUUUAAAAAGAAAAGCAGAAAACCAAGAUCAAAGAAAACAAAAUAAGUUUAUGUCUUCAAAAACCAAGAAAAACGCGUCAGCUGAUUUGAUACGUAGUCCGUGUGUUCAGGGUCAAUUGACCGGCAUUCCAAGGCAAGUUAAAGAUACAGUUGCCGACAUUCAUAAUUAUGUUUUAAAGUGGCAGAAGUUAACCACUAGGGGGUUUGAAGAGCUCUCAAAGUUGUCUGAUAUAAAGUUGACAUUAUUAUCGAACAGUGACAAUAAUGAAAGUGGGUUUUAUUCAAAUGAUUUGUUAGAAAUUUGUAAUAAAAUAGUAGUUACCUACAAUGAAUUGGAAAAAACAUCAAAAAAACUGGAAAAGUUUGCCUCAAAAUUGGCCAAACUGGAAGAUUUAUCUGAUUAUAACAGUUCCAGUAGUAUGUCUUGUUUAAGUUCUGUUCCAUUUGUUACCUGGCCGGUUUCAAAAUUUACGGAAAGUGCAACUGAAAUAUCGGAGAUGCAUGUUAAGGAAUUGUCUUUAAAGAAAUGCAUUGUGGAGAACGCUGCUCAUGUUGAUCUUUUUAUGAAAAGCAAGGAUCCUGCAGAGUUAAUUGGGGAUUGUAGAAAUACAUUGAUGACAUUUUCAUCUUGCUGGCUUCAUGAACCUUAUAUUGAUGUGCCGGUACGGAAGUUUCUCAUCCAGUCAAUGAUAUUCGAAAGUGGGCAUGAACGAUAAAUUGUUUGAGACAUUGUGUGUUUAUUACCCUUUAAUUUAUGAUGUUUGUUUCGUAAAUUUUUGAACAUGCCGAAUGCUUUGAGGACCAGGCAUAAUUGUAAUGGAUUUGGUAAAAUAGAAAAAGGAAUGAGAAAACGUCAUAAUCUCAUAAUGUCAUGAAACUAAUUGCCUGUAAUUGGCAUAGUAAAUAAGUGUAGAAAAUUACUGGAGUAACCGUGGAACUGCUGCAAUAAGAUAAGGUACAGAUAAGCUGGUCAAAUUCAGGGGCGGAUAAUCUUUUAUUACUUUAUUCAUGCAAAAACUUCUAAAAGUAAAUUAUUGUUCUGUGAGGUUGGACUAUUCGUUAGCCUUAUAUGUGUUCGUUCUUUGUAGUGUUCUAAACUAAUUUCUUUGGCAUUCUCACUUUAGA